AGGCGUCUAUUUUUAUGCGGUUGAGAGAGCACGAUAUAGUGUGUUGGUGGAUUGGACAUAUUGUGCGGAUAGUUUCAGUGUGAGAAUAGUGAUCUUAAACAUACAUACAGUGCAAUAAUAUCGACCAAUACCGGGGAUUGUGCGAACGUGCUAUCACCUUUUUGGCUUCGUGAAUAUGGCGGACGACUGCAGCAGCUGACAACGCAAGACAAAUCCGAAGCGCAUUGUGGUGUUGAAUUUUGUCUGGUCGCCGCCGCCACCGCCGCCACCGCCGCCCCGGGCAGCGCCGUCCAGUCGGAGCGCGGGCCGCUGGGCGAUGUGAGAGAUGUGUGAUGCUGCACGCAGAUGAGCGGCCAGAAGGACGGUGAUCUGUCGCCCUACCCGGUGCCGGUGCCCAUCGGAGGCGGAGGGGAGCUCGGCGCGGACGGCGCCGACCCUCCGCCGCCCCCGCUACAGCCCAAAGGCGUGGCUGUGGGCGGGGGCGGCCGGGCGGCGGGCCGGCGGCCGGCACCAGCACCCGAGCCGGAGCCGGGCGCCGAGCCGCGGCCGGCGGCGCCGCUGCCGCCCGGCGACCCGCGCGCCAAACGCUCCAACUACAACGACAAGGCGCUGCGGGAGAUUCGGCGCUCGCUGCGGCCGUUCGCCUGUGGCGACGGGAUCGGCGGCCGGCCGGCCGUCAGUCGCCAGGAGCUGCUGCACCAGCUGACUCAGCUCGGACACGAUGAGCGCCAGGUGCUGAGUCUGACGGGAGCACGGAAUCUGGACGAGCUGAUUGGAGCGAUCGGAGCUGCCGGACCACCUCGCUCCCGAGGAGCGCCCAGUCCGCCCGUCAGCACAGGUGGUCGUGUGACGCGCAACUCCAGUUUCGAGCGAGGCGAUGGCUCUACCUACAGCCGCGGCAGUCCGGCGCUGGAGAGCAGCAAUGGCAGCACGCGGUCCGAGAGCCCGUGCGGCGCCCCGGCGCUGCCGCCGCGACUCCAGUACGCCACGGCGGCCGGCUACUCUGCCGAGCCGCCGCCGCCGCCGCCACCGCCCCGCUCGCUGCCGCCGGCGCCGCCCUCCCCGCAGCUGCCGAACCGGGUACAGCAGCGACUGCGGCGCAUGUCACCCGUCUCCGUGCCGCCGCGCAGCCAGCAGCCCAACUACGUGAACGUGUCGGGCGCGGCGGCGGCGGCCGUGCCGCGCGGCGCCAGCCCCGUCGGCCGCGGGCAGCCGAUGGUGGUGCACAACGGUCCGGCGGCGCAGCAGCAGCUGACGCAGCAGAUGCAGGCGCUCAGUCUGGAGCCGCCGCCGCCGCCGCCCUACCCCAUGACGGUGGCCGGCCGGCUGGCCACGCCGCCGCCGCCGCCACCCAGCUACACGGCUUCCAUGCAGACGCGCCAGAGCCCGAGCAUAUCGCCCGUGUCCUGCUCGUCGGGCAGCGUGACGCCCGUGUCAGCCGGCGGCGGGCGCGGCUCUGUGCUGCACGCGCUGCCCGCCUUCCAGGCCAAGUCACACUCGCCUAUCAUCAUGCAGUCGGUCAAGUCGACGCACGUGCAGAAGCCGGUGCUGCAGACGGCGGUGGCGCCGGCGCUCCCCUCGUACGCGGCCAGUCCGCCGCCUCUGCAGCCGCCCACCUACUCGGAGAGUGUGCAGCUGAAGCGUCAGAUGGCCGACGGACCGCCGCCCUCCGGCCAGCCGCCCACCUAUCAGCAGACCCUAGCAGCCUCCAAGAUGGCCCCGCCGCCCGGCGGACUGGCAGAGGCGGCUGACGUGACGCUCGUCUCCGGCGGCGGCGGCGGGCUGUGCGAGGUGGACAUCUCCAACACACCUCUGGCCAGCAUCACUAACGCCAUCAUGACGGGCGACCUGCCGGUCCCACAGCCGCUCGACGCCGACGACAAGCCGGAGGAGGGUCCGCCUCCUCCGCCGCCCCUGCCGCCGCAGCGGCCGCCCGCAGUGCUGCCGCGCAAGCCGCCGCCGCCGCUGUCCGAGCGCUGUGACAGCCCGAGCUCGCAGGACUCGCACCCGCAGAGUCCUGUCAGCUUUGUCAUGUCGGAGGACACGGGCUACAGCUCCGGCGCACCGAGCAGCCGCGGCCUGCCGCCGCCGCCGCCGCCUCCGCCCUCAGCAGAGGCGACUGGCGACUUCAAAAUGACCCACCAGUCGCCAAUCCCCGAGCGGAAACGAAUCAGCCGCGAGAGGGACGAGGAGCGGCGAGACAGCAAGGUGAAAUUGUACUCUCCGCAGGCGUUCAAAUUCUUCAUGGAGCAGCAUGUCGAGAAUGUGCAAAAGUCGUGCGAGCAGCGACUGCAGAGGCGGCGCCAGCUCGAGUCGGAAAUGUCCAAGAGCAACAUGAACGACCAGACGCGGAACCAGAUUCGGCGGAUGCUCUACCAGAAGGAGUCCAACUUCAUUCGGCUGAAGAGGGCCAAGAUGAACAAGCGCAUGUUCAAGAAGGUGAAGGUGAUUGGUGUGGGCGCGUUUGGCGAGGUGACGCUCGUGCGUAAGAUCGACACCAACCACCUGUACGCCAUGAAGACUUUGCGGAAGAAUGAUGUGCUCAAGCGGAACCAAGUGGCGCACGUGAAGGCGGAGCGCGACAUCCUGGCCGAGGCGGAGAACGAGUGGGUGGUACGACUCUUCUAUUCGUUCCAGGACAAGGACAGCCUGUACUUUGUGAUGGACUACAUUCCCGGUGGGGACCUGAUGUCGCUCCUCAUCAAGUUCGGCAUCUUCGAGGAGUCGCUCGCAAGGUUCUACAUCACGGAGCUGACGUGUGCGCUCGAGUACGUGCACAAGAUGGGUUUCAUCCACCGGGACAUCAAGCCGGACAACAUCCUGAUUGAUCGCGAGGGACACAUCAAGCUCACCGACUUCGGGCUUUGCACAGGAUUUCGGUGGACGCACAACUCGAAAUACUACAGUGCGAACGCACACAGUCGACAGGACAGUAUGGAUCUGGCCGAGGACUGGAACAACGAGUGUCGGUGUAGCAACCGUCUCCACGCCGGCAACAAACCGCUGGAGAGGAGACGACGGCGUGAGCACCAGCGCUGCGAGGCCCACUCGCUGGUCGGCACGCCCAACUACAUAGCCCCGGAGGUGCUGAUGAGGACCGGCUACACUCAGCUCUGCGACUGGUGGAGCGUCGGCGUCAUCCUGUACGAGAUGCUGGUCGGCCAGCCGCCCUUCCUGGCGUCUGUACCGGCCGACACGCAAGUCAAGGUGAUCAACUUCGAGACGACGCUCAAGAUCCCAAAGCAGGCGCGAAUGAGCGGUGAGGCGCGCGAGCUGAUCCUGCGCCUGCUCACCAGCCCCGAGCGGCGGCUGGGCAAGAACGGCGCCGCCGAGGUGAAGGCGCACCCGUUCUUCGCCAGCAUAGACUUUGAGAAGGGUGUGCGCCGCAUGCCGGCCCCGUACGUGCCGCGCAUUCGGUACCCCACGGACACUAGCAAUUUUGACCCGGUGGAUGACGACCGAGUGCGCGAGUCGGACUCGGACUCGGACUCGGAGUAUGCUGCCCAGUCGAGUGCCACCGGCGGUGACGACGCCGAGCACCCGGGCUUCUUCGAGUUCACGUUCCGGCGGUUUUUCGACGGCUACGGCCCGUCGAACGGAGCUCAGCGUAUGGUGGACGAUCCGGUGUACGUGUGACGUGCGUGCGCCGUCUGACUAUGGCGUCGUGACGUGUUGUUGACGAGAUAAUUUAUUUGGAUUGGUAGAGAUCUGAGCCGGCGGUCGGAGGCGAGCGGGCGGGCGGGCGGCGCGUCCGGCCGGCCCGGACGGUGCGCGGGGCAGGCCCUCCUAGUCAGACCGUGUUGGGGCGGCACCGGGGCCGGCCGCGCGCGGCACCGGCGCCCCGGCAGCGGCGCCCACGGUCACACGCCGGGCGCCCGAAGCGCCCCCAUAUGCCGAUAUCUAUAUAUACAGAGUUCAUAUUUUGUCAUAAUGUUAUACGCCGUUGGUAGUGUGAUCGCCGCCGUCGCCGCCGCCGCCUAUGGCGGUGCUGCUGCUACUGCUGACCGUGUUGCCGAGGUCGAUGCCGCUCUGUCGCUUCCGUGAACGUGCCAACCCGGAGUGAGCGCGCGCGUGCGAGUGCGAGUGACGAGUGAGAGGAGUGAGCGGCCGCAGCCCGAGUGUGCGAGAGUGCGUGUGCGAGUGAUUGCGCCCGCGGCGGCGGCGGCGGCGGCGCAGGGUCGCUGAGUGCCGUCUCGCCCGGCCCCUACUUGUCUCCCUGUCUCCCAGUGCUCCCCGCCAGCCGACCCGCAAACUUGUUGAUCUUGGUGAUUUUUACACGCUCUUUUUCACGUCUUUACUUAUAAAUAAACAUUGCCAACUACG